AUCAAAAUGGCGGAUGAGGAUGACAGAAGAGUACACAUUUGUGUCUUGGAAACCUGAAAUAUUCAUACAAGAAUGUCUUUAUAUCGGCUUUUUAUAGGUUUCAGUAACAAAAUACAUCAGCUUGAUUUCUCACUCAGGACAGUCAAAGUGAAAAAUCUGGUACGAUGCGGCUAAGAAGUAUUAUCAUCGAUCACUUGGCGGUGUUUGGGAUAUUACUCCUUGCAGUCAGAGGUACCGGUGACGCAGCGAGAAGCACCUUUGCAGCUAUCUCCAAAGAUGACCUCACUCGCUGGAAUCCUUCAACUUGCCAGUAUGUAAGCCAUCUAUUCAAGGCGAAGAAAAGGGUGGUAAACAAGUUAGGUAAUAUACUGGGGAGUAAAAUUCCGAAAGGACGCCAAGAACUCACGAACGCUCAAGUAAAAGCGAUAACAAUCUUUAAGAACGAGCUGAACGUUACAGAAAGAGCAGUUUUUGAUGCAAUUAAUGGCUUGAGAAAACUACUACUGGAGGAUUAUAAGUCUGUAGUCCACAUGAAAGAAGCUAUAAAACAACGACUGGAAGCACUCAAACUUUUGGCUUUACAACAAGAAGAUCAAUUUAAUGCAAUCAGCGAAGCAGAAAAAGAAUUUUUUUCUGCUAGUAAACAUGCAGAUUUGCAGACCAAUGGCACACGUAUGGAGAAAAUUAUUGAGGGUAUUUUAGAUGAUGUUUCAUUUGCAGCUGAUAAACUUGAAAAUGAACUUGACGAGAAAACGUUUGAAAAAACAAGAAAUGCUAAAGGGGCAUCAAUUGAAGCCGUUGUGAGACUGAAUGCGGAUGAAGAAAGGCAAGACAGUGAUAAUGAGACAUUGGAGUCUGAGCCUGGUAAUGAAAAUGAAAUGAGUAUUCUUGUUGAUUCUCAAAGCAAUCAGUUUGUUUUAGCCAAAGCUAAAGAUGCAACUGUUCCACAUGAAGAUGUCCACUUCAUCAAAGAUAUUAUCUAUAUACUGGUUUUGUCAUUCUCUGGAUCCUGUAUUUGUACACUGGUUCAGCUGCCAACAAUGUUUGCAUUUGUAAUUAGUGGUAUGCUUCUAGGACCAUCUGGAUUAAAUAUGAUCAAGGUUUGAUUAGUAAUUAUUAAUAUAAUAUUACUAUAACAAAAACAUAACAAAGAGGAUAAAAACAAAAUACUUGAAUUUUAUAAACCAAAAGUUAAUUUUUGAGCUCAUAAAUGGACUGAAGAAGAACUGAGAGAAAAUGUUUUUCAUCUUGUUGCGGUUGUGGGACAAAGAGAAAAUUCUGAGUCCUCGUGAGGAAGCAAAUCUCAGACCUUUGGAUUCUGUACUCUGACACUCUACCUCUGAGCCACAGAGACUCUAUGGUGAGCAAGCCCCUUUGCGAAGUUCAUAUAGGACUCAUGUCCUGCAUGCUGCUAUGAUCAGUGAUUUUGAUAGCAUCAUGUUUGUAAAUAGAAUAAGAGAGAUCUCACUUAUUCUAUUUACAAAGAACUUUUUUCUUUUGUUUUAGGCUUGGGAUUAUUCACCAUGAGACAUCAGGAUCUUAAGGUCUAAGGUUUAACCCCUUAAUGUCCCAUUCAAGUCACAAGACAAAAGCAUCUUUCUUUAACCCUUUCACUCCAAAGAAUUAAAUUUGUUUUUCUAUGUUAGUUCAAAAAACAGACAAUAUUUCUAACUGAUAUUGUUCUUUAUUCUCAUUGCUUGUCUGCUUGAUGUUAUAUUGAUAUUGUAAGGAAAAAUUCUGUCUUGGUCACUCAUAGGAGUUAAAGGGUUAAGAACUAAAUUUGUUUUUCUAAAUCAAAACAGACAAUAUGUCUGUGGAGUUGUGAGCCCCCAAGUAGGGGCACAUAUGCUCCAGCUAAUGAUAUACAGAAACUGCUGGCCAGAAAACUUGUCUAUGUAAAGAGCUAUCUGCUUUUACGAAAGGUUGAAAAUUGAGGGAUUAUAUUUAUGAACUCUACCUGGGUUGACAGAAUGUAAAAUGUUCAGUUUUGAUUUUAAUGAAAAAUGGGUUAUUCUACAUUAUGAUGGGAGACUUUCAAGAAAAUAAUGAAAGAGUAAGUUAAUUUUUCAUAACUAGAUUUGUUGAUGCAAAGCUUGUUGAAACUUUUCAGCAAAAUGAGAUAUACCUAAAGGUAUGCAAAUGAAGUGAAACUUGAUAAGUAGCCAGGGAGGAUUAUUUAUUAAAUACUGUUUAAUUUUUUAAGUAUGAUUUUCAAUAUGGGGUCUGAUAUGAAAUAUUUUCUUUUAAACAGACAGUUGUGCAGGUGGAGACACUCGGUGAAUUUGGGGUCUUUUUCAUUCUGUUUGCAGUUGGCAUGGAAUUUUCUCCAGACAGAAUAAAACGGGUAAAGUAAUUUUUAUUUUUUGUCUUGUUUUUUUUCAGUGCAUUUGAUAGAAUAAGAGUUAUUAUAAGUUGCUAAAGUGUUGUUUGUUGUGAAGGAAGUAAAACAUUGAAAAACUUUUUAAUCCCUAUAACUCCCAGAAGUGAUUAACAUGUUAGUUCUCCCCACAAUAUGCACACAUUAUCCAGCAAACAGGUAAUAAGAAUACUCAAACUUAUCAGGUAGAACUUGUUACCUCUAUCUGAGACCAAAUUCUUGGUACUUAUUUACUAGUAAACUGAAGUAGUGAGAGGAGAGAGGUAACAAUCUGAUCACAUUCAGAUAACUUCACAGCUGAAUGCUAAAGGGGGAUUAGUGCAUUUUAUUUCCCUUCUUGAACAAAGUGACACUUUUCAAUUAAAUAUGGUAAACAAUCUGGCCUAUGUCAAAUACCAGAUAGGUGUUAGUUUAGGGACUCCUUAAAUUAUGAACUUGUUGACUGUUUUUCAAUACUUGUUCAUUUAUAUUUCAUUUUUUUAGGUAUGGAAAGUGGCAGUUGGUGGAAGUUCUUUAAUCAUGGCACUGAUGAUUGUCUUUGGUAUUUUUUGGGGAAUUUGUUUUGGAAUUCUCCCCAGGCAGAGCGCAUUUGUAGCAGCAUGUCUCUCUCUUUCCAGUACACCACUUGUGGCAAAAUUUGUGGAGAGCAAGAAUAGAGAUACGUCUUCAAAAGGUAGUGUAUUUGGUAACAAUUUUAUGGUGAGGCUACUGCCAUUCAUCUUGUCACUUGUGUGUGCAAGUCAGAAGUCAGAUGUCAGACUCUGUAUAGCCAACCACUUGGGAAUUCUGUUUCACUGCCUUCAUGGCAAGCCUCAUGGCAAGCCUCAUGGCAAGCCUCAUGGCAAGCCUCAUGGCAAGCCUCAUGGCAAGCCUCAUGGCAAGCCUCAUGGCAAGCCUCAUGGCAAGCCUCAAGGCAUCCUAAACAUGUGACAUCUUAUGGUGUCCUGAUUUUUUAAUCCAAGGGGGGUAAAAAUUUAUGUUCACCAAUGUGGCUAUGUUUUGAAAAAGGAAAAAAUUAAACCUAAAACACACUAAAGCAAACUUUUAAAAUUUCUUCAACAAAUUUUAAAAUUAUUAAUGAUAUUAUUUUAAUAUGCAGAACACACUAAUGGAGAUGGUGACUACACCAGUUCUCUGUUAGGAAUUCUUGUCAUGCAAGAUGUGCACUUGGGGUUGUUAGUUGCACUACUUCCUGCACUUGCGGGCCAUGGGAAAUCAGCAAAUACCAAAGCUAGCACUAGUGCUGUGCACAACAUCAUCAGUGGGCAUGACAGUGGAAAUUCAGGUAAAAAUAUCAGACCUGUGUUACUCUUGGAGGAUUCCUGUGGUGUUUAAAUAAAACAUGAUGAGCUUGUUUUUGGAGUUUCCAGAUUGUUAGCAAUGGAAAUGUAUCAAUUAAAACUUUUUUUUUUUUUUGUUAUUUUUUAGAUGACUUUACAAACACCAUAGUGAUGUUGUUUGAGGUGUUGCUUUCCUUUGUCAUCCUCAUGUUUGUGUGUUUCGUGAUUUCUAAAGUUAUUGGACCAAUAUUAAGGUAAGUAUUUGUGUAGUUUCUGUAACAUGAAGCCACAAGGAGUGUUCUUAUUAUCCUUUGGGUUAAGUAAUUUGCAGCCUGUUAUCUGCCUGUCAUGUUACUCACUCUGACCAAAUGUUUGGCAUUAACCCUUUAACUCUCUGGAUAUGAUUGCUAAUUCUCCCUUUAGCUGUUACACAUUUCCUUGUAAAUUAGUUGCAAGAAUUUGGUGUUAGAUCAAGAUAAAAACUUCUACCUGAUACAUUUGAGUACUCUCAUUACCUGUUUGCUGGAGAGUGGAUGGAUAUUGUAGGGAGACGUUACGUGAGAAUCACUUCUGGGAGUUAAAGAGUUAAGUGAACAAAAAGCCAGCAGAUUGCCUGCACUAGUAAGUAACCUGCAUCUUGUAAACAAAAGAUAAUGGUGUAAAGAACUGUCAAAUGACUUACUAGUUGGGGUAGAUUCAAACAUUUUCACAUAACCCAUACCUCUAUAUUAGCUGAAGCAACAUUUAUUUACUAAUGAUUUUAAACAUUACUUCCAGGUAUUUGAUGGAAGUUAAGUUAAAUGGGAUGCGAGUCCAUUUUAUCAGGUUUUCCUUACACUUUACUGAUGCCAAUUUAUAUUCCUGGGUUGGGCGGGUGGAAAAUAAAGUGUCCAAGAACACCACUGAUUUGAACUAGCCAGGGCUUACACCCAAACAUCUCAAUUUGGAUUCCAUCAGUGAAUUUAUUAAGGCACUAUUUUGUCCAUGAACCACAAGGAAACCUUUCUCAAUAAUUCUUUUUCUUCUUCUUCUUCUUCUUCCAUCAGACUUAUCAAAGACAGCGGAAGUAAAGAACUGCUGCUUUUAGCAACUGUUUCAACAGCCUUUUCUUUGUUGAUGGUAAGUGUCAACUUAAUCAGGGGUUAAUGGACAAUAUAGUAACAGUCUCUCAAUCAAAUUUAUUUCCUCAUUUAGUUUUUGUCUGAUGAGUUGUUUAUCAUGUGUUGUUUCACUGCAGCUGUCAGAACAUUUAGGAAUCUCCAUGGAGCUGGGCUGUUUUGUGGCUGGUGUUGUGUUGAGCUCAAACGGAGAACAUCUUGUUCAUCAGGUCAGCAUCAAUAUUCUCCUUACUGAUCGUAACACAUUUCUUGUAGUUAAUCUGAGAAUUUGCUUUAAAUCCAAUUAAUGACCCCAUGUAGCUUAAAACUCGUCAAAACUUGAUAACAGUGGUGUUCAAUAUUCAAUAUCAUUGUCAAUAAAGUCAGACGUGUAAAUCAAGUGAGGCCAGGUGUGCUACGAUAAUUUAGUUUUCCGAGCUUUCGUUGAUCUACGGCAUCAUCAUUAUUGUCAAUGAAUUAUUAUUUUCAGGUGAACGAACUUGUGGAGCCUCUGCGUGAUUUCUUCUCGUGUCUCUUCUUCGCAUCAAUAGGUAAGAACAGAACUUUUUCGGUACAUCAAGGAGACGUCAUAAUUUUUGAGUCCUUUUAUUCCGAUGUAGAAAACCUCCGUUUAAACAAAAGAAAAGCGCAAAAUGAUAGUUUACCUGGGUAAAUGAGUAUCAAAUAGAAAAGAUUUAACCAAAAAUUGACGAGGAUGGCAAAAGAUGGGAAGGAUCGACAUGGAUUGAAAAUGACGAUGUUAAAAAUUAUAUGCAAGCCUUGGCGUCAACUCAGGGAGGUUUUAAGAGAGUCCCUUAAUAGGUGGGAAGGACCCUCAGAAUGUUUGAUACAUUUUACCUGAGAAUGAUCAUCGUUAAAUGCAAAAGCUUCUCAAGAUAUAGUUUGGAAAUUGGGAAUUAGUAAUUAUUUCUGAUCGCUGCUUUUAUUCCACCUGCAGGUCUACACGUUUUUCCUACGUUUGUGCUGAAUGAAUUUCCUCUCGUGUUGACGCUUACCCUCGGGGUUGUAUCAGUAAAGGUGGGUACCCUCCCCUCCCCUCCCCCCAGCCCUCCCACGUAAUGCCGUACCCGACGGCAUUACCGGCAGCCACAUGCACUACGUGCAAUGCAAUUGGAGUUCCAGAACUGAAGAAUUAGAAUUUGAAACACAACGGUUCCAUGCGAUUCUGCUCGGAAAACAAUGCUAAUUCGUUUUUCCAGACAGGUGAGUCUGCCAUCUGAACAGUCUUCGAGUGACAGAUAGCUUGAUUGAUGGCCCGGAAAUAUUAUAUUAUAGUAUAUUUUAUAUUCUUUUCCUUUGAGUUCUCAAUGGUUUCUUGCCAUGUCGACCUUUAUUUUGAUUGGCGGUGGUUAUUGGUGUGAUGGUGGCAUUACGACACUCACUAGGAAAGCUCUCUAAUUUGACUCUUGUUUUUAUUGCAGUUCGUUGUUUCUGUAUUUGUUCUUCGGAUGUUUUUAUGUGAGUCACGAAGCACAAAAUACAUCGUUGCUGCGGGACUCGCUCAAGUCAGUGAAUUCUCGUUCGUUUUGGGAAGCCGAGCAAGGAGGUUUCAUCUCAUUUCUAGAGAGGUUAGUUUAUUUUCCUCUUUGGAUAAUUUCUGAGGAGAUGUAAUUCUUUCCGUGCGAUAUUGCGACUGAGAUAACAAGUUUUAUGAACCCUCAUCCCUUUUUUUUCAGGUUUAUCUGAUCAUCCUCAGUGUCACAACAAUUAGCCUCCUUCUCGCUCCUUUGCUGUGGAGAAUUUCCUUGUGGAAAUUUGGAAGCAGAAAACUGUGGAUGAGUUCCGGCUCAGAGCGGACAAGUAAACGAGCUGCCAGAACAGUCUAACGUCAUGGUAGUGUUUAUACGAAACUUCUUAAGCUUGAGCCCGACAGGAAGGGAAGAGAGAAAACUCGUUCAAAGUGCGUUUGUAAUGCGACUUGCCCGCGUUUGCAAGCUAGGCUACAGCUUCCAUAUUUUCGAAGAUUCCAAUAAGUAUUUAUAAAAUCAAAACUAACAGAUCCUAUAUAGAUAUAAACGUUGAAAAAUAUACUGAAAUUUAUUAUUUUUGAUUAUCGAAAUAGCUGAUGUAUGAAUAUAUGACCAGCCUAUAAAAUUGAUCGAUAGUCCAGAAGAUGAGAAAAAUUAAAUUCUGCUCCGAUUGUUAGUUUUAUUUGCAUAAUCCCAUUAUAUCUUCAGCGUAAUUUAUUUGAAAAAAAGUUUUAAAAAGGGCAUUAUUUGGAAUCAGUUUUUCGAUACAGUCAGAUUGAAAAUGUCUCUAAUUGUUUACAAGAAUGGUUUUACCGGAUUUCCUAGACUUUCAAAUUUUCAAACAUGGGAGAAUGGGGAUAGUCAUUACCCCGGGGAAUUUUUUUGGUUGAUUUUUCGUAGAGCCAUGGAAACGACUCAUGUCUAACUUAACGAAGGCAGCACACUUUGAACUCAAUGAUUCUGUAAACCUUCGGGGGAAAAAAACAUGUGUAGAAACUAUUUAUGAAAAUACUAAAUAAAUGGUGUUGACUGAUGGUAAACGAGUUCAGUCAAGG